AUAUGACUGUACCGUAAAUUCUAUAUGAAAUUUAUGUGAUUUUUAAAUUUAUUAACUCUGUGUUUAUUGACUCACACUAAAACCCAGAGCCAAAUUCAGUUAGAAGCUCCAGUGAACUGAGCACCACCGAAAAUAGAAGCCGCUAUUCCAUAAAACCGGUUAGGGUUUUCUUCUUCAUUGCAACAAUGGCGGUUCUGAGAGCCACAUCGAACAUGAUGCUCCGCCAUUUCUCUCAGCCAUCCCUUUCCUUUUUACCUUCAUGCCCCACCUCUCUGCUUCGCUCCACCGCCGGACUCAGCAUCCGCUGCGCCGCGUCCAGCGAAGGCGACGGCGGAAACAAGGUCUCCGCUCGGCUCUCUCAGGUCAACAAGCUCUUGCAAGAAGCCGAGCAAAAGAGAUGCUUUCCCCAUUCCUCAACUAAGUCUAAUAAAUUAGUGAACCAGGCAAUUAUUGAUGCUGCUUCAUAUGUUCCACCUCCUCCCUCAGAAGAGCAAAAGAAGAAGAUUGCUAAAAUGGCUGCUAUUGGAGAACAGAAACGCCUGAAAAGCAAGAAGGUACUUUCAGACAAGAAGGCAUUUAGAAGAACUCGCGACAGUUGGGACUGACUGGUCUGUGCUGUGUGGUCCUCUUAAUAUGGCAAAAUUUGUAUAUAAGCCAACCCCUUCUGAUUCCAAGAUUUAGUGGAGAACCAUUUCAAGUGAUGGAGAAACAGAUCAAGAGUUAGGAAUACACUGAUCAUGAGUGAUGAAAAAUGAAAAUAGCAGCAGUUCUACAGAAAAUUUUCCUUUGAUGUAAAGGUUCUUAAACAGCCAACAGGGGAUGAUAGUUGUGUGUUGUACUUGCUCUGUCUGACCUACCUCUUUUGAUUACAUUGAUUGAGAUAGGGCUUCCAUUUGCUUUCAAGAGCUUCAUUAAGUACUGGAUUGCAAAAACUGGUUUAUAUUCUACGUCUAAGGAUCGAACAUGAAAUUCUUCUAAUAUAGUGACCUUUUCAAUGACAGACUUAUACUUAUCAACUGAUUUCUGAACUGAUUGUGACUUGUUUAUUGGCUUUGAACAAAGAUAAGAAAUUUCUGAUUCAUUUCCUUAAUGGAAUUACACACAUUGCACAAGUCGUUGGGAGAAAACUGUUUGGUACAAAGAUAAGUUUAUGUACAUUGUAUCAUCAAAGCUAAAGAAAAAAAGAAUUCUAUGUCCCAAGAAAUAUUUUACUUUCUGAUAACAUGUUCUUCCCCGGAUUGUUGAUCAUAGUGUUUGAUCCAUCUCUUCUUGUCUACUCUGCUCGACCCCGACCCCGAAGUUCCUCCACUGCUGGAUACAUGAGCCAUAUCUAACCCUUUCCCUACAGGCAAGAACACAGUACGAACCACCCUUCUUGAUCCACAAUCAACAACACUCCUCCAUCUGAACCCAGAAUCGCUCUUUGAAUUCGCAUUCUUGCAAACCAGAACCGCGCCUCUCUGAUUCAACCUAGCCUGCCGUAGGACCCUAGCGUAGUCUUUGCGUUUGCAAUCCACAACCAUGAAAUCUAUUCCCACAAGCUCAGACAUAACCUCCUCUGGCUCACCAACAAGCACUUGUGGGUUCAUGUCUGCUGCUUCUUUCAUGGCUGUUAUGAACUCAGACCUUGUACUCUCGUCGGGGACUACACACACGUGCCUCCCGCACGUGUGCCGGCUUGCGAUUUCGAGGCCAAUGCUGGUGGCAAUAGCCCCUCCUUGUGACCACGUCUCGACUAUCAACUUUGCAUUCCAGCCGGCUGCCAUGGCUGAAACCAGCUCUGCCAC